UUCCCACAUUUCCAGCAGAGCGGAAGCAGGUUGACGCGGAGCCGCACAUCAACAGAACUGGUCGAAAUCUGCGAUGAGUUUUGAGUGGCCCUGGCAGUAUAACUUUCCUCCAUUCUUUACAUUGCAGCCAAAUGUUGACACGAGACAGAAGCAGCUGGCGGCCUGGUGUUCGCUGGUUUUGUCCUACUGUCGACACCGCAAACUCUACACUCUGGAUGUGCUCGAAGCGCAGGAGAGCCCCGUCUUCAACAACAAGAAAAUUGAGAGAAAACUUUCAGUCGAAGCCAUACAAGUAGUUUUUGAAGAGUUAAGAAAAAAAGGAAAUCUGGAAUGGUUGGAUAAAAAUAAAUCACGAUGUCUUAUAAUGUGGAGGAGACCUGAGGAGUGGGGCAAACUCAUCUAUCAAUGGGUUUCCAAAAACGGCAUGGUCAACUCUGUGUUUACACUUUAUGAACUCUCUAAUGGAGACGACACAGAAAAAGAAGAGUUUCAUGGACUGGAGGAUUGGAUGUUGCUGCGUUCACUACAGGCCCUGCAGGCUGAUGGGAAGGCAGAAAUCAUCACUAUGGAUGACGGAAAAGGAGUCAAGUUCUUUUGAAUCAGGAUUUCUCAAGUCAGACUUUGGGAUUCUUUGGGUUUCUGUCACAAGUUCAUUCAGGUUGCUUUCAGGACUCGAUAUGUUACACUCCACUAUUGAAUCCGUCAUUAUUUGGCACAUGCGCCCCAAACUAAAUUUUAAAGGGAAACUGACAUCAUUUACUCACCUUUCACUUGUUCCAAACCAUUUUGAGUUUCUUUAUUCUGUUAAACACUAAAGAAAAUGUUUUGAAAAAUGUUGGAAACCUGUAACCAUUGACUUCCAUAAUAUUUGUAUUUGUCAAUGGUUAGAGGUUAGUAACAUAUUAUUCGGUUAUACACUAAAGAAGAUAUUUCAACAGGAAUCCGGUAACCACUGACUUCCUUAGUAGAAAAAUAAAACACAUGGAAGUCAAUGGUUACCGGUUUUCAGCAUUCUUCAAAAUAUCUUCUUUUGUGUUCAAGAGAAAAAAGACAUGAAAAAAGACAUUUUAAAACUAUUUGAGAGUGCGUAAAUAGAGUAUUUUUUAUUUUCUGGGUGAACUAUCCCUUUACGGGUCUCCCUUGUUGGAAAAGGAUUAGAUUGGUGGUUUUACACCUGGUUUUUGAGCCGACUAAAAUCAUGAUUUUAUUCUUAAAGGCAUUGUUCACCCAAAAAUAAAUUCAGUCAUCAUUUACUCACCCUCAAGUCUUUUCAACCUGUUUUAUUCCUCUGCUAAGCCAAAAGAAGAUAUUUUGAAAAAUGUUUGAAACUGGUAACCAUUGACCUCCAUAGUGUUUUUUUUCUACAUUUGAAGUGAAUGGUUAUUAACUCUCUUCCAAACAUCCUCUUUUAGUGUUCUGAAGAUCUGAUAAAGAUUUUGGAAACACUUGAGGGAGAGCAAAUAAUGACUAAAUGUUCAUUUUUGAGUAAACUAUCCCUUUAACCAUUAUGCAUGCAAAUCGAAACGUCAGACCAAACCUAAGGAAUAUCUGUAUGUUUAUGAUCCAUCUUUUUCCUGUACAUAGGUUUUUUAUUGCAGUCCUUUUAUCGCUGUCAUUCCUGAAGGACUCUUGUCUGACUUGAAGAUUUGUGUAGAGAGGCAAAGCCAAAAACACACGGCUGUUUGUGAAUCCUGCGACGCUUCCUGGCAAAGAUGAAAUGUUCCUCUGUAAGUGUGUUGUUUUUGACGGCAGUGAAAGUGAUUUUGCUGAAUUCUGGUAGCAUUCACUCCUUUUCCUCGACUGUCACUGCAUCUGACCACCCUUUUAUACCGAUGUAAUACUGUAUAAAUAAAUGAGGGAGACAUUUUCGGUUCUCUCUUGCAAACUCCA